AUGGGCUCCUUGCGUCUCCAUAUCGAUGGGAAGUCGUUUCGUGACACGCAGGGUCGAGAGAUUGUUCUCAGGGGUAUUAACGUGGCUGGCGACGCCAAAUACCCUAAAGUUCCGGACAUUCCAUCUUUCAAGUCUGACAAAUUCUUCGAGGCGGACGAUGUAUCUUUCGUUGGAAGACCGUUUUCCCUUGAAGACUCGCAUAUCCAUUUCAAGAGACUGCGCAAAUGGGGAUACAACACAAUCAGGUAUAUCUUUACUUGGGAAGCCAUUGAGCAUGCUGGUCCGGGUAUCUAUGAUGAUGAGUGGGUCGAAUUCACCAUCCAGGUCCUGAGAAUAGCCAAGCAAUAUGAGUUUUAUGUCUUCAUGGACCCUCAUCAGGAUGUGUGGUCACGUCUGUCAGGCGGUUCUGGGGCGCCUAUGUGGACCCUAUAUGCAGCAGGCUUUGAUCCUAAAAGCUUCAAGAAAACUCAGGCAGCUCUUGUUCACAACACAUUUGACAACCCGGCUGAGUUCCCAAAGAUGAUCUGGAGUACUAAUUAUACUAGACUGGUGUGUCAGACAAUGUUCACAAUCUUUUGGGCUGGGCGAGAUUUUGCGCCCAAAGCCAUAAUCGACGGAGUCAACAUUCAGGAUUAUCUGCAGGGUCACUUUAUCGCUGCUUGUAAAUACCUUGCCCGGAAGAUUCAUGAAGCGGCUGAUCUCGAACAUGAUGUGGUCAUCGGUUGGGAAAGCAUGAAUGAACCCCAUCGAGGUUUGAUUGGCGUGCAAGACAUUUCCGUGAUUCCACCUGAGCAACAGCUGCAGCUCGGAACAUCCCCAACCGCUUUCCAGGCGAUUCUCACUGGUUCCGGACGAGCUUGUGAGCAAACAACAUGGGCUUUUGGUAGCUUUGGGCCUCACCAAACAGGCAGAGAGCUUAUUGAUCCAGAGGGCGUAAAGGCUUGGUUGGACGUGACUCACGAUGACAGCAAAUAUGGAUGGACAAGAGAUAGCGGUUGGAAGCUCGGCGAAUGUAUCUGGGCGCAACAUGGAGUGUGGGACCAGUCGACAGACACGUUGCUACAAAAAGACUACUUUUCAAAAGUCCCCACGACGGGCGAGAAAUUGGACUACGAGAAGUUCACUAACAAGUACUUCUUGGAGCACUAUCGAGCAUACAGAGAUGCGAUCCGCAAUAUCUGGCCGGAAGCCAUCAUGUUGUGCCAGCCACCUGUGAUGGAGGUCCCACCGGAUCUGAAAGGAACCAUUGAUGACGACCCGAACAUGGUUCAUGCCGUUCAUUUCUAUGACGGCCUGACCCUCAUCACGAAGCAUUGGAACCGACUGUACAAUGUUGAUGUUAUCGGUGUUCUUCGAGGGAAAUACUGGGCCCCGGCCUUUGCUGUCAAAAUUGGUGAAACAGCCAUUCGCAAUUGUCUUCGUGAUCAACUUAAAUUCCUUCGAGACGAAAGUCUAAAAUAUAUGGGCGAUCACCCCAUGGUCUUCACGGAAAUUGGAAUUCCAUACGACAUGGAUGAGAAAUACGCCUAUAAGACCGGAGACUAUAGCAGCCAAACAAGUGCAAUGGACGCGAACCACUUUGCUAUUGAAGGAAGCACCUCAAAUGGAUUCACUUUGUGGGUUUAUGCAACCGAGAAUAAUCACGAAUGGGGAGAUCAAUGGAAUGGAGAAGAUUUGUCUAUCUAUUCCCAUGAUGAUUUGGAGCUGCCGGAACGGACCACUAGCCGAUCACUCAACCCACAAUCCCCUGCUUAUUCUGAAAGCCAUAGCAGUGGAGAAUCUCAAGUUGGUCCACGCAAUCUUAAGGGUGCCCUGGUAUCUCCGUCAAUUUCUAGCGAGGAGCCUGCACAGCCGAAGGGCUACCGUGCAGCGGAAGCGUUCAUUCGCCCAAGUCCAAUCUUUGUGAGCGGAACCUUGCAAAAUCACGUCUUCGACCUUCAAAAUUGCAGAUUCACCAUGUCUUUGACAGCCAACCAAGCGACAUCAUCAGAUGCCCCGACGGAAAUUUAUCUUCCCGACUUUCAUUUCCCACAGGCCGAGACGGUCAUUUCGUUGAGCGGCGAAAAGUGGGAAAUUGAUUAUCAAGAGAUUCAGAGUAUCAAAAUCCAGCGCCUUCGAUGGUGGCACGCUGAAGGGGAACAGAGUAUCCAGAUUGAAGGUGUCAAACGUCAGCCAGGAGAGAUUGCAAAUCAAUCCUGUGAUAGCACCUAUCUGGACCAGUGCCAGCGACCUCAAUGCCUUAUCAUGUGA